AUGAAUCACUUGUUGCUGAGCCGGCGGUUGGGUUUGGUUGACCCUCACGCCUUUCAGCGUGCCCAAUAUCAACGAUUGCUCUAUGCUGUGACUCCUGAGAAGUCUGUAAAAUUUGGAAUACAGCGCAUUCCUGGCAACCUCAAUGCUCGUGGUCUUCCCAGCUCUUCCGGCCUAAGAGAACAGACCGUAGAUGAGGCCGGACUGGCAGGGAAAAAUGCAGUGGCCCAUAACGGAGGUGUCAAUGUUCUCGCUAUCGAUGCUCAAACGGGAAAAUACCUCAUAUCCGGCGGUGCUGAUUCCGCUGUUCGACUAUGGGACCUAGAAGACUAUCACCCAGAUGAGUUCUACACCUACACCUCAGCAGGUUCGAUUCUCCGGUCCAGUCCUGGUGCUCAUACCCACGCCUUAACAUCCCUUUCCGUUUAUCCUUUCGAUCCAUUGCCCUCCACCAUUCUUACAACUUCUUAUGACAAGACACUUAAGCUUUUCUCUGUCGAUGCCGCUCGGAUUGCCCCCGUUCACACUUUUGAAUUGAUCGAUACACCAUACGCCCAUACUCUGUCAUCGAUCGCAUCCUCAGCAGCACUUAUCGCAGUAGGGACAGCGCAUCCAGCUGUGAAAUUGCUUGAUUUACGGACAGGUCUUGCUGUCCAAACACUACCUGGUCACAGUGGCGCAGUGUUUUCGGUGUGUUGGUCUCCACGUUCUGAGCAUUUGCUUGCUUCAGGCUCAACUGACGGGCGCGUUCUAUUCUUCGAUGUGCGCCGAGCCCACAGCGCUUUUGCUUCUCUGGACAAUGACGAUGCCAUUGGUGUUCUAAAUCCGGAUUAUGCAUCAAAUUAUCAGCCUCGAUCAGCACUGGACUGGAACGCCAAGGCGCAUAAUGGCCCAGUAACAGGCGUAUGUUGGGCAGAUAGUGGAAGAAAGCUAAUCACUUGUGGCCACGAUCAGCGAAUUCGCGUGUGGGACGCAGCCACUGGAAGAAAUGAAUUGGUGCAUUUCGGUCCACGCAUCAAGAAUGGCCGGAAUGGACAGUUCAUGCCUCUGAUUUCGCCAGUGGAGUGUAGCAGACCGGGAAAGGGAAGUCUCUUCUGGCCCAACGAUGAAGGGAAGGGCGAGAUCUUCAUGAUGGAUAUGAAUGAAGGUACUACAUUGAAGGUCUUACGAACGCCAGGUACAGCAAAAAGCCCGCAGAAGACUGUCAGCACGGGAAAGUUGACGAGUGGAGGAAGGAUCAACUCAAUCGCCUUGAGGUUCAAAGGUGACAGUGACUCAGGCCUAGAGCUUUAUUCUGGGCACGGUGAUGGAUCAAUACAUUGUUGGAAGGGCUCGCCGACAGAGGACGAGGAAGUUGAAGACCAGAUCCAUCCCGAGGUUGAGACUGAGCAGAAACGUAAACGAAAACGAGAUCUGCUUGAGGGGCUCGUGGAUGGCUUGGUGAAAAAGCCUAUGACUUUCAUCUGA